CCUCAGCAUGCAAUGGGUCUGCCACAAAACUGGAUGUGGAAUACACAGAGCAAACACUAUUCUCACCUGGGUACCCUCGACAUUACAACAACAAUAUGGACUGCAUGUGGGAAUUUCAAGCAGCAAACAACAAGACUGCUAGCUUUGGCAUUCAGGUGGUCACCAUAGAUCUGGAUCUAGAAAUUGAUCUUGAGGUCACUACACUUAAUGCUUGUGACACGGAUUAUCUGGAGAUUUAUGAAG